UGUCGCGGGCCGACCGGAUGCAGCCCAGGGCAGCCCGCUGGCCAAUAGGAAAGCGCGGCUCGCAGGGGGCGGGGCCGGGCCGUGGCGGGGAGAUUCGGAUGAGCCCGGAGAGGCCGCAGAGCGCACAGCCGAGGGCCCGAUCCCGGACAGUCAAUCGCAGCGAUAUUGGGAAAUAAAAAUAGUUUUGACACCACCCGCGGGGUGGGGGACGUCCGUAAAGACGUCGUAUUGGAGACCCGAAGCACGUUACGAAAGGUGGGCCCAUGGAGGCCAUGGAAGUGGAUCUGCAGGUGGGCGCCGAGGGCACAGCGGCCGGGCAGGAGGGGGGCAGUUACCAGCUGCCCAUCUUCAUCCCUGACUCGGGGGGCAGCACCGAUGAAGAGGACGAGCGGGUGCCCCCUAGCCCCUCACGGCCUGGGGUGGCUGCCCUCGUGGGCCUGCUGGACCACGCCGGGCAUCAGGGGGCAGUGCCCGUCAGGGCGAGAGCUGCCCGGAUACACAGCCUGCUCCGCCGCACCACUACCAGGCCCAGGAGGGCUGCGAACUCCAGGAGCUCCAGGCCCGCUCCGGCGCUCCCGGGUCCGGUCCAGUCCAGCCUCCCCCCCGCCACGCGCGCGCCGCAGGCCAGCGGGAUACUGGAGUAUCUGACACGCUCGCCGUCCGCCCGCGUGCCAGCGCCUGAGGUGAGCGACUCGGAGGAGAGCCAGCCAGGGGCCGACCCCGCCAGCCCGGCCAGCCUGGCACCAGAGUCUGCGCCCGAGAUCCCUGCGCUGCUGGCCCUGCAGGAUCCCGCCCCUUCAGGACCAGCAGCUGCAGUGGAGGAGAGACUGCAGAGUACAGAGACUGUGGAAGAAACUCCGCAGCCCACUGAACCCAGGUCCCCCAUGCUGAAGAAGGAGGCCAGUGAUCCAGCGCUCCCUGGACCGCCGGCCGAGGAGGAGGAGGACGGGGAGGGGGGCGAGGGCGAGACCUGCUCCAUCUGUUUUGAGCCCUGGACCUCAGCGGGGGAGCACCGGCUGGCCGCCCUGCGCUGCGGGCACCUCUUCGGCUUCACCUGCAUCGACCGCUGGCUCCGCGGGCAGGGUGCCAAGUGCCCACAGUGCAACAAGAAGGCCAAGCGCACCGAUAUCGUGCUGCUCUACGCACGCAAGCUCCGGGCUGUGGACAACAGCGAGCAGGAGAGGAUGAAGAGGUCUCUGGAGCAGGAGCAGGCCCUGCGCAGGAAGGCGGAGCUGGAGUCGGCGCAGUGCAGGCUGCAGCUCCAGGUGCUGACGGACGAGUGCGGGCGACUGCGCAAGCAGAUACAGGAGAUGAAGGCGCUGAUGGCCCAGCCCGGCUGCAGCUCUUCCCAGACCCCCGGCAGCUCGCGCUCGGGCCACCCUCUCUCCGCUCAGGCUCCCAGUCAGGGCCAGGGGGGGCGCUAUGCCUUUGCCAGAGCAGUGCUGGUGUCCCAGAUGGGGGGGUGCCGGGUGCUGUCCUACUGCGAGCCCCUCGGCUGCCUGCUGGCCUCCCAGCCCUCGCCCCAGGCCACGCUUGUUCCUGGCUGUGGGGUUAAGAAGAUCAGCGCGGCCACUAUGAAGGCGUGUCAGUAUGUCCCCAUCCACGCCAAGCAGAUCCGCGGCCUGGCCUUCAGCAGACAGGCCGACAGCCUGCUGCUCUCCGCAGCCCUGGACAACACCGUCAAACUCACCAGCCUGUUGACCAACACAGUUGUACAGACGUACAACACAGGCCGGCCUGUGUGGAGCUGCUGCUGGUGCCUGGACAAUGUGAACUACAUCUACGCCGGCCUGAGCAAUGGCUCUGUCUUGGUGUACGACACCCGGGACACCAGCACACACGUCCAGGAGCUCAGUCCGCUGGGAUCCAGGUGUCCGGUGGCUUCCCUGUCCUACAUUCCCCGAGCUGCCUCAGCUGCCUUCCCCUGCGGCGGCCUGAUCGCCGGGACCUUGGAGGGGGGCUGCUUUUGGGAGCACCUGGAGGGGACGUCCUACCGACCCCACGUCCUGCCGCUGGAGACGGGGGGCUGCACUGACAUCCAGGUGGAGCCCCGCAGCAGGCACUGCCUGGUGACGUACAGGCCAGGCAAGGUGAACCCCUCCCUGCGCUGUGUGCUGAUGGAGCUGAGCAGGGCCCCCCAGCAGGACUCCACCCAGGAGCCCUCCUGCACCUGCCACCCGGUCCAGACCUUCAGCGCCGGCUCCUCCUGCAAGCUGCUCACCAAGAACGCCGUGUUGGAGAGCCCCGCGCGGGACGGCUCCGUGCUGGUGUGCGCUGGGGACGAAGCCUCCAGCUCCGCCAUGCUCUGGGACGCUAGCAGUGGGGCGCUGCUGCAGAAGCUACAGGCUGAUCAGCCCGUGCUGGAUGUCUGCCCCUUCGAGGUGAACCAGAGCAGCUUCCUGGCCUCGCUGACCGAGAAGAUGGUGAAGAUCUACAAGUGGGAGUGAAACUGGGUGAGCCGGCAGUGAAAGACCCCAGGGUGUGGGCACAGAGCUGAGCCUCUGCUCCAGAUCCGGACAUAGAAACCUUGGAAUGAGUCAACGGUGCCUUUAAUACCAGCACUCGCUGUGCUUCAGAAGAUGACGUGCGUAGUUUUUAGGACUUAUUAAAGAAAACAUCAUGGUA